AUGCAGACACAGACAGGUGCCUUUAGACAGGUACACAGAGACAGGCGCAGACAGACACACAAGCACAAUCAAGCUCAUACAGACACAGACCGGCACAAACAGGCACAAAAAGACACAGACAGGUACAAACAAGCAUUGACUGACACAGACAGGCACACACAGACACAGAUAGGCACACACAGACAUAGACAAUCACACAG